CAACAACAGACAACCAUGCAGCCCAAUCAACAACAACAACAGCUCGAACAACACAACAACCACAACGCACACACGAGCGACCCGAGUCGCCACUGCGCUCGCUGCACCACCGAACUGGGCCGCAUCACGAACCGCGGUGCCCCCUGUCGCGUCUGCAAGCUGCGCGUGUGCAAAGCCUGUCGCGAGUUCACCUCGCGCACCACGGACUGGGUGUGUGUGGUGUGCCACAAGCAAAUGGAGAUCCAGUCAGCGAGUGGCGAUUGGAUAAAGGACGCCUACACUUUAGGAUCCUGCACGGCUGUCGACCAUCUGACCACCAGCGAUGUCCUGAGGAAGAGCAUACGUCGUUCUUGGACCAUAUCAAAUCCCGAGGACGAUCCGAAUAAUCCCAACUCGCAGCAGCCGGUGGCCGACAACCUUUAUCCGCAGCAGCAGCAUCUUAUCGAGGCCCAGUCGGCGGGCAGUUAUCCCACCCUGCACCAGCACCAUCAGCAGCAUCACCUGCCCCAGCAGCCGCGACCCGGACACGUUGCUGGAUACGGCAGUGGCACUGCCACGCCCACCGCCACCAGCCGGUGGCAGCUGGGUCGCCGGGUCCUGCGUCAGUCCACGCUUCCGAGCAGCCUCACCAACGACCCAGCGCUCAGCGGCAGCGGGGCCAACUUGGCCAACUACAACUCCGUGAAUCUCACGGCGCCCACGUCUCCGCAUCAGUUGCAGAAGAGUCCCCUGUAUCCAAGCGCCUACAACAGCGACGACGUCAUUCACAUGAACACGGCGGCGUCACAAGGAAUGGGCGGAGUGGGCGUGGAGGUGACAGUGGGCGACUGCGACAACUACGCACAGCAGCAGCAACAACAACAGCCGCAGCAACCCCAGCUGGAGGUAACGCCCACGCACCAUCGACUACAGGUGCGCCGCCAGUCUACGCUGCCCGCCCAGCCAACGCCGGCCAUCUACAUGUCCACAUCCCCGAACAGGCUGUACAGCCGCUCUCCGGAGCGCUCACCUGGCGAGCAACAGCGCUAUCCACCCUUCAUGCGCCAGACCUCGUUCCCGGAGCCGCCGAGCACCUACCAUCGCACCAAGCUGCUGCCCUCGGGCUACGAAUCUGCAGUGCCGGCUAAUCCGGCACCCCCGCCGCUUAACUACGAGUCGCAGGCCUCGAGCCUGGCCAGCGAUGAACAGGACGCCGGGCCUAUGCCCAAGCCGCGGAUGACGCGCCAGGCAACGCUGCCUAAUCCCGAGCAGCAUGUCAAGCUGCUGCCCACCUCGCCGCCAAAGCGCCAGACUUCACCACAAUUCCGCCGCUCGCCAGAGUUCAUGCGCCAGCAGACGCUGCCCAAUCCGGAGGCCUUUACCAGCGGCAACACUCUCACCGUGCACGCCGCUCCGCCUGGCAAAUUCAUGCCCAUCUCGCCCAGGGCCAAGCAGAACUUCCUCUUUCCCAGCGUCCAGAAUCCGCGGCAGUUCCUCUCGCAGCCGCAUGUGCCUGCGGCAGGGACCACGGAUCUGGGCAGCGGCGGCAGUGUGGCCAGUGCCAGUGGUACAGGCACCGGCGAGCAGUACUCCAGCAGCCAGAGCGUAAACAUCCACCACUCGAGGGAUCCGCAUGCCAAGAUGAUUAAGGUGCGCAGCCACAGCAACGAGGAGUACUCAAACACGAAGGGGCAUCCGGAGAACCGGAGGCUGCUGCCGGAGAUUCCCACCACGGCGGUGGCGCGAUCCGCCAGUCGCUCGCCCAGCCGCCUGGUCCGACAGGAUUGCCUCAAGGAGGAGAGGACCUUUGGCGAGGCCAAGCAGCAGUUCCACCAGUUCCCCGACGUCACCGAGGAGCUAGAGAAUCGGCCGGAAUACGUGGACUACUUCGGGGACAGCGCCACCAGUUUCUUGGAGUCCGAUGAGAUGCAGUACGAGCGGAACUACAACGCUGGCUUCAGCAGUGAGCCGCGCAUCAUCUACAACAAUGGCUCUGACGAUGGAUCAGGCUACCAGCCCGCCUCCCAGAGACCCAUCUAUAGUGCUGAGAACGUCCUGGCAGACUCUGGUUAUGGAGGAGGAGGCGGCGGCGUGGGUCUGGGCACAACUGUCGGGUCGGGUGGAGUGCCCGGAUAUUACCCGGAUAUGGGCACCCCGCAGAGCUUCUAUGGCGGCGCCGCCCUGCCCCGCACUCCGCUGAUGCACAAUCGUUUGCGGCGGCGGCAGUCCAGGGAAUUGCAAAUGCAGCAGGAGGAGCUGGCCCAGCUUUCGCAGACCACUGAUGUCACCGCUGGGGGCAUGGGAGUUGAGCCAGGGGCUGCAUCGGGAGGAAGUACCUCGGAGAGUCAUGCCACCGAGCGGCGCAAACCGGAGCAGAUGCGCUCUGUUUCUGAGGAUUCGGGGGCCAAAACCACACCAAAGCCGGUCACCCGACGCUCCUUUUCGCAUCCCGAAAAAGACACACAGCCCCAGCAAAAGAAAACAGAGGCUUCAAAGAUUCCCAGCCCGCGUCCACUGGCCGACAUUCUGGACAAGACGCGCGGCAACUCCAAGAUACCGCAGGCGCGUCGUCGUAACAGCCGCACUGGGAUCGGUGAGGCGGAGGAGGGUAGCACGACCCAGCACAUUUACUCCUUCCAUCAACAGCUUAUGCAUAGAAACUCUGAUUUAGCCAUGCGCCUCAAAAAAACAGAACUUCCUGUCGCCACAGUAGCCUCUAGCAGCCAGCAGGACGAGAGUCCGCCUACGAAUGCGACUAAUUCCCAGGGGCCAGAGCAGCCGGUCAACGGCAAAUCCCUGGAAUCCUCGGCCAACGCGGAUGAUGCAGCGGGAGCCGGCGCCCAUACCAGCACCUUGGGCGAGCAGGAGCUGCAGAAUGCAGUGGAGGCGGCCGCCGUGGUCUUUAAGAAAGUGGUACUGCAGCGUCGCAAGGAGAAGGAAAAGGAGAAGGCCGCCGAGGAAGGCGGCGCAGAGCAGCAGCUGUCCGCGAUUUCCGGUGAUAUGGGAUCGGGAGGAGGAGUUGCAGGGUGCGAUGCCAUGGAAACGUCGUCGUCAUCGGAGCUGGACUUCAGGUGUUCCACCCAGCAUGGACGCCAGCAGCAGCAGUCACAGUACAGCGUCGAAGCUGACGAGUUCAAGCUCGUCUUCCUCAACUCGGAUUCAUCCUCGUCCUGUCACGGCGAAGAGGAGGAGGAGGAGGAGGAACAGGAUGACUCUGACUCCUCCUGCUCUACGCACCACUGUCACAGCAUCGUGAGCAAUGUGGAGGAUUGCGACUGGGACUACUUUGAGCCCUCGAUGAUCUCCACAACCACGACCACCACCACCACUACCAUGAUUGCCUAUUCCACGGCCCGGGCCACGCCGCCUCCGCCGCCCCGAGUGCGUCAGUGUCAGUCCAGCGACAGUGACUCCCCGCUAGUCCAGCGCCGUCCGCCAGGUCUGAGGAACAGCUAUUGCUCCCGUAUUCGGGAGAGCGACACCGGCACUGACGAGGAGUUUGUGCUCAACACCGAGAGCAGUUCGCAGACCAGCUCAGAUCAGACGCCGCCACCAGUGCCGCCGCCUCCACAUCCGCUGAGCAUGAAGACCAGGAUUAAAACCCGAUUCCUAAAGAACCAUCACAAUCACAGCCGCUGCAGCUGCAAUCCCGGCCAGCAGCAGAGCCAGCAAUUGCCGCCACAGCCGCAGUAUGUGCCCAUACCAGUGCCUGUGCCUAUACCCGUGCCAAUGGCUGCCUAUCCCAACUGGGCGGAACUGCCGGGCUCUGGGAAUCCCCUCCUCGAGCAAGAUGAGCAGCUGGCUGCCUCGCUGCAGCAACUCUGGCAGGCGGCUGGCCAGCAGCAGCAGUUCGCCGCCAUUGUGGCGGCCUACUCGCAGCAGUUUGCGGCGGCGGCAUCCAGCAACAACAUGUUUGAUGCAACGCCACCGGUGUCCACUAGGAGCUGUCAGCAGCUGCCUACCACACCGCCGCCAAUGAUGCCGCUGAUGCCGCAGCGCUUGCGCGGCUUAGGCGGCUUUAAGUCAUCGGCCCCGGAGCUAAGUGCCUCGCUGGGAUCGCUGAUGACACAGUCGCUGUGCUCCUCCAUGCACUCCUCCUCCUCGUCGUCGACAAGCACCUCGGGCUAUGGUACGGCGGGCAGGAGUCUGGAGACGCUGGCCACCAAUACCACAAGGGCUGCCAACCCGCUGCAGCAGCAGCAACAACAGCAGCAACAGCAACAGCUUUACCAACAAAUGGCCAGCAAUGCUUUCAAGCCAAAGCCAACAAGUUUAGUAGCGUCGCGUUCGCCGUCGAGUGAGCAACAAACCGAAACGAGCAACGCACGUCGCAGCAGCAGCAGCAGCGGCAACAGUGAGAGCGGCGACGAUAGCACCAACAACAUCCCCGCCAAGAGGAGCCACACCACAACGCCCACAACUCAGAGAUUGUGUAAUGUUUAUGAUAAAACCAGCGAAGGCAACAGUGCCAGCGGCGGCGUCAGCGGCACAUUGCCAGUGCCAGCGGAGACACAUGUUGCUAGUGCCGCCAGUGAUAAGCUGAGCACGCCAGCAACAUCCGUCACUCAGAGAGCAACGAAUGCCAGCAAAUACCAUUCCGAGAGCCGAAAUCUAUGCGAAACCCGGCCAGCGGCAACAACACAAACCUACCUGGCCAGUAGCGGCAACAGCAACAACCAGAGGAGCAGCCACAGCCAAGAAGAAGUGGAAACGAAUAUACAUAAAAAUCAAGUACCAGCAGCAGCAGCACAAACUCAGACUCAGACACAGGCACAAGCACUAGCAACUCCUUCGGUAAUAACUCGUUUCGGCGGACUUGCAGUCGAAAAUGUGGCCAGGCCCAAGCCCAAACCGAGGGCCCAGCAGCUAGAUCCCAUAGAGCAGCAAAGAGCUGCCAAGAAUUUGUCCUCCAAUCGACUUAUAGAGAGAAACAUGUCCGAUGAGGCAUCAUCACCGGCCGCCGCCGCCGUUUCGCAUUUGCAGAGCGAGAGCUAUGCGGCCAGCAGUCCCGAUGAGGCCAGUAGCACUAGCAGCCACGAGGAGGAGGAGGAGCAGGCGGAGCAGGCAGUCAGACCCCGCAAGGCCACCCAAAGGAGUUACAAUGUGGCAGCGGCCAUGCAGGCGGAUGAGGAGGAACAAGCAGAGCAGCUGGAGCGUCACCACAGCACCACCAGCGAUGCCAGCUCCAGUUCCAGCUCAAACUCCAGCUCCAGCUCCGAGUCUUGCGAUUCCGAUGACACGGGAACUGUGGCCGAUCGAAGGCCCAAGCGGCGGCGCUUCAACAAGGUGUUUGUGGUCAACCGACAGCCGGGAGCCCGCCGCCAGCGACGCAGCUCCUCCACCGAGGGUGAUUCCCUGUCCUCGUCAGAGGCCAAUCUAGAGGAUUCCUCCGACAAUGAUACCGACACCGAGCGCACCGACUGCGGCAUAGUGCUGAACUAUGUGAAGCCGCUAGAAGCGGAGGAGGCGGAGGUGCCCGCCGCACGUGAUUGCCAAUCGAGCGACGACGACGAAGACGACGACGACGAUGAUGAUGAAAGUGAACGCCACCGCGUUGCCAACUCAAGCGAUGAGCUGGCCAACUGCAUUGUGGUGGUGGGCGGCCAGACUGACGACGGUGACGGCGUGGUGCUGCAUCGCAUGCGAUCUCUCCCAGACGCCGAACCGGCAUUGGAGAUGGAGCCGGAGCAAUUAGAGCGCCGCCACGAUGAUGUGAUGGAUGCCUGCGAGGAGCUCCACAGCAUCUCAAACGAUGUGAAUCGGCUGCUGGAGCUGCACAAGCAAAACUCCCAGCUGGAGAUCAAGCUGCAGCGCCUGCGCCAAGGAGUGGCCGAAAUCAAUGAGGACCUGCAGCUGACCACGGGUACUCCAAGCACUUCUCUGGCUGCCGCCCACUCAGGUAGCACCGCCUCACCUGGCGGGAAACCCAACGAAUGCACGACGAUUGCCCCUGCUUCGCGGAAAAGCCUCUCAAGCGUACCAAGUUCUAAUGACGGCGAUGGGAUAUCUACCUGUGAGCAGGUAAAGGCAAACAGCGAUGGCCAGGUAAAGGUACAGCAAGCGAAAGAAGAGGAGGAGGCGGAGGCGAAGAAUGAGGAGGAAGAGCGAACAGCUGAGCAAACGCAGAGGGUCGGCGCAUGCAGCCAAGCAUGCAAAAUAAACGAAAACAGCGACUACUCGCUGGACUCGCUCUCCGGCCACGCAGCGAGUAGGGGAGCACCUGAGCCGCUCGAGCAGGUACCACUCCGCUCUCGUCUACCUGUCGCUCGCCGCUCUCAAGCCGAUGGCGCAGCCGAAGAGCCCAGCCGCUAUCGCUCCGAAAGCGAAUUCGAAUCGGAAUCGGAGUCGGAGCCAUCACCAGUCGAACAUGAGAUGUUAAACGUUGCGGUUGCUCCACGGUCCGCGUUAUACGCCGGCAGUAAUAACAAUAACAACAACAAGAGUAGUACUAACGAUACCGAUACCACUACCACGAACAACGAACCUGGCCAUAAUGACGCUUUCGCAGCACAAAAGACCAACAACAACAACAGAGGCAGUGACGUAGUGCUGGCUACACCUCGUGCAUUUGAAAGCGGUGAAAACGACGGCUGCGACUACGACAAGAUAUUCGGAGCUCGCCAGCAGAAGAGCACUCAAUCAGCUGGAGCCAUGUCUGCAGGAGGAGCUGCAUCUUCUGCCGGAGCCACAGCAUCCGCCAGCGAACUGGCUUCGCCAAAAAAUUCACUUUCAGCCAAGUACCGCAGCCUGGUCAUGAUCACGAAAGACAACGAAAGUGCAGCUGCUGCAACAAAGGCUGGCGACGAUUACGAAACGAACACUAGUACCAACUCCAGCAGCAACAAAGCGGGCCCAAACAGCUUUGGCCAGAACCUCACCCAUGACUCACUUCGCGCCAUGGAACUGCUGAGCAGCGAACGCGACUCGUACAGUGUGGACUCGCUGAAUGAGCCCACCAGUAGCGGGCAGCCGGAACUCUGUCUGGAGGAUGGCCUGGCGGACGAUGACUCCUGGGUGGAGGAAUUAAGCCAGAGGGGCGAGGAAGACGAGGAGGAAGAUGAGAACCUAAGCAAUGCCACCACCACGCCCACAGCCACGGACUCGGAGGAUGCCGAAGGUGAGAGCGAAAACGGACGCCGUCAUGGCUAUGCGGAUCGCGAGGAGGAGUUGAGGGGCUAUAACCGUUCGGCCAUUGACUUCACCCUGCACACCAUCGUCGAGGAGAGCUGCGAGGAGAGCGAGGUGGCCUCCCUGCGGGCGGACAACGAGGAUGCAGAACUGGAGGAUGAGGAUCUGGCAGAGCGGCGAAGACAGCGCACUCUGCAGCACCACCAUCGACUGAGUGCCUCUGAGCUGGAGAAGUACUUCUUCUUCGGCCUGGGCGACGGUCGGGUAAUGAGCUCGAUCGACACGCGUGGCGAUGACACCGCCUCGGAGGUGAGUUCCGAGUGCUCGGAGAGCCUGGACUCGCUGCCGCACGAAGAGCAGCUGCUGGAGAGCGGCGGUGCCUCUGAUCUGGCCUCCUCCCGCCUCGAGAAGUACUUCCUCUCGGGCUUCAUGGGCUUCAGCGGAGCCGAGAAGCAGGCGGAAAGCGACGAGAGCGGCGGCAGUGUGGGCAGCGACAGCGAAGGCCACCCGAGUCCCAGCCAGCGACGCAAGCGCCUGGUGCGAGCCAGGGGUACGCCCCGCAGCCACAACUCGUCGCUGGACAAUCUCCUCCUGCCCGAGACGGAUCCCAUGGAUGCCACGGUGACAGCCGCUGCUACUUCCGCUGCGGUGGAAGACACCUCGGAGUCGGAGGCUGGUUGCGACGACACUGUGAUCCAUCUGGCCAACGCCGGAGCCUCCGAUGGCUCUUCCUCGGAUACCAUCAAGCGGAAGAAGCAGCUGCGCAAGCGCCAUGACUCGCUGGAUGAGAAGAAGCUGCAUGACCUGGAACCCUCCGAGUGCCGGACGCCCACGCCCGGCGGCAGUGGCCAGGUGCAGAUGCAGUCGCAGGCCAAGAAGCAGCAGCAACAGCACCACCACAGCCGGGACAGUGGCUUUGUGGGCAGCAACGAUGACUUGUUGAAGGCGGCACCAGACUGUGAGCCGCCCAAGAGUCCCACCUCGGCCUUGGAGCAGAUCAGCGAAGAUCGAGAGCCGGCUGCGUCUCAGAUCAGUCUGGCCAAGAUGGAUCUGCCCAGCACCUCGGCCGCGGCAGCUGCAUCAGCGACGGCUUCGGCAGCUGCCUCUCUGGUGCCCAACCAGAGAAGGAACCUCACCCUGCCCAAUCUGGUGCGCAAGGAUAGCUUCAACAACUGGAGCUCCGACGAGGAGACCAACCUGAUGAUGAGCAAGAUGCGGCAGUUCUUCAAGACUCUAAUUGUGGCCACCGCCAAUGCGCAGCAGAGCAAGCCCAGCACGCCCAACCAGGGCCAGGGUCAGAGCCAAAGCAGCAGCACCACGCCCAGCUCCCAACGGAGGCUGGCCAAGUCCCGGCCAGCUCAGCUAGCCUACUUCGAGAACGAGUUGACGCGCCUGAUGAAAACCGUUCCGGGCAUCAACGACGACCAGGUGCGCGAGAUAGUCGAGUACCUGAGCAGCGAGGACACUUGGUCGGACUCCUACGACUCCUCGGACUACACCAGCUCCGACCUGGAAGGCGGCGAGCGGAAGGGCCAGCUGAAGGCCCAGAUCUCGGCCAGCUGCCAGCAGAUCAUUAACAAGUUUGAGGUGGACGAGGAGGGCGAUCGCGGCGACGGCGGGCUGCUGGACGAGAGCCAGGCCGUACCCAUGGAGGCACUGGUUUAUCAAAAGCUGGUGGCCUCCUUCAGCAAAGUGGCUGCAGGCGGCGAACGGGAACCCGAAAUUGAAGCGGCCAAGGAUAAAAAUGAGGAUAAGGACCAGACCACCACGGAGCGGUCGCCACAGCUGUUUGCCAAGGUGAUGCAGCACAUCGGCACCCGGCUGGUGGCCCUGAUGCACGAGGUGAGCAGUGGCAAUGAGACGCCGACGCCCUCGCCGCAGGGCCAGCGCCAUCACCGGCGGCUGCAGGCCAAGAUAUCGGCCACCACGACGGAGGACGAGGAAGAUGAGGUGGAGGAACAGCUAAGGGCCAUGCCCCUUAAGCAGCUGAAGCUGCGCAGCAGAUCACACGAUCUGUUGCUGGACGGGAUCACGCCGCAUGUCCAUCAUUUACAUCACCAGGCCACCGUGCAUCAUCCAGGAGGAGCAGGAACAGGCGCCGGAGGAGCCGGAGCAGGAACAGGAGGAUCCUCAUCGGGUCCCGGACACUCGGACAACGCCGGGGAGGAGUGCGGCAUGGCCAGCGACUACGAGCGGUUCUCGUGGCGCGGCAGUUUUGAGUCGGCAUUACUGGCUAAUGGCGACAGCAGAACGAGGCUCAGCCAGCUGAGCCAACUGGACAGGGAUAAUUCGUCGUCUGCGUCCGCUUUGGCUGUGGCAAAGCGCCGAUCGGCAGGCGACCUUCUCUUCAGCCAGCACCAGCAGAGCCUGAGUCGCGAGCAGCUCGACCGCGUCCGUUCCUGCGGCAGCAUCGGCGGCGGUGAUGCCCAUCACCAUCAGCUGGAGUCUUCGCCAGCCAAGCCCUGGCUCUCAUCGGCGGGGUCCUCGCUCGGAGGCGACUCUACCAAGGAUGUGCGCCGUUCCAGUGUGCCGGAUGCCAUCUACGAGACGGAUUCCAGCGAUGAGUCGCCAUCGAAUCAGUUUGGCGGAGCUCGCUCCACGCUGCCGCGCAGCCUGAACUCUGGCCAGGUGGUGGCCAGCACCAACUCCCUGCCACGGCUGCCCACAACCGGAGCGCCCAUCACCAGCACGCCCAAGACCAAGUCACAGAGCGCCCUCAACUACACCCCCUCCAACUCGUCCACCGUCUCGGCUACGGGCAGUGCCAAGAGUGCACGCUACCGCUCGCCAGGACUGGCCGCUCGAGCAGCGGCUGUCACUGGUGGUGGCGGUGUGAGUGGCGGUGGUGUAAGCAGUGCUGGUGGUGGCAGUGGCUCUACGGGCAAGAAACUAGGCGCGGGCUUCCAGUUCCUCUACUCCAAGCGCGAUGCGCGCAAACGUCUCAACAUGUCAGCGGAGGAAGCCAAAGCCGCCGCCGAGGAGCUGACACGAUCGCCGGUGAUUGGAAGUCGUCAGGCAGAUGCCAGCUCCAGUCCCAUCCAGUCGCGUGCCUCCAGCGAAACGUGGCCCCAGCAGUCGGAUGAGGACAUCGAUCGACUGGUGGCCAUGCACCAGAACCGCAGCAGUCUCAGCUCGCUGGGGGUUCGCUCGGAGUCCAUGGCCAGCGUUUACUCUGGAGCCGGCGAGGGUCGCUAUGGCACCGUGGUGGUCAAGGGCCAGGUGGAGUUCGGCAUGCAGUACAACUACAAGCUGGGCGCCCUGGAAAUCCAUGUGGUGCGCUGCAAGGAUCUAGCUGCCGUUGAUGCCAAGCGCAACCGCAGCGAUCCCUACGUGAAGGUCUACUUGCUGCCCGACAAGUCGAAGGCUGGCAAGCGCAAAACCAAAGUCAAGAAGCACACCCUGAAUCCCAUCUUCGAUGAGACAAUGCGCUUCCACACGCCCAUCUCCAGCCUGGAGUCGCGUACACUCUGGCUGACCGUGUGGCACUCGGAUAUGUUUGGGCGUAACGACUUCCUCGGCGAGGUCAGUGUCAAUUUGCAGGGACGCGUCUUUGACAAUCCCCAGUCGCAGUGGUACCUGCUCCAAGAGCGAAGCGAACCCUUUGACGAGGUAGCCACCUACAGGGGCGACAUUGUGGUGGGCCUGAAAUACAUUCCCCCGGAGAGUUUGAAGUCGUCGUUCUUCUCACGCGGCUCCUCGCUCACGGGCAGUUCCUCGAACCUGCGCAAGUUUGGCGGCAGCAUCAAGUCGGUGGCCUCCAAGUCGGACCGCAGCACCAAGGGCGGUCAGCUGCAUGUGCUGGUCAAGGAGGCCAAGCACCUGAGUCCCAUCAAGGCCAAUGGCACCUGCGAUGCCUUUUGCAAGAGCUAUUUGCUGCCUGAUCGCACAAGAAGCUCCAAGCAGAAGACGCCUGUGGUAAAGCGCACCCUGCAUCCCAGCUGGAACUAUACUUUUGUGUACGAAGAUGUCUCCCUGGAGGAUUUGUCGGAGCGCGCCCUGGAGCUCACAGUCUGGGAUCACGAUAGGCUGGCCAGCAAUGAGUUUGUUGGCGGCAUUCGCUUCUCUCUGGGCACAGGUCGCAGCUAUGGCCGUCAGGUGGAGUGGAUGGAUGCCACCGGCAAGGAGCUCUCCUUGUGGCAAAACAUGCUAGAUCGUCCCAACUUUUGGGUGGAGGGCAGCUUGGUGCUACGCUCCAGCUUGGAUGGCAUUCGAGCCACUUUGCCAUAGGAAGUUUGGAGGAGCAAAGAAGAGCCACUGACUCGCAGUUAGGAUGGCACAGCAACACUGCAUUGUAUUGUAUUGUAUUGUAUUUGUAUUAAUUAUGCGAUAAUUAUCAAUUAGCGAACACAAAAACUCUGAGAAGCAUUACUAGCGCCGUAAGGAUAAAGGCAGGAACGACCAGCACUUACACAAGUUAGAGUUAAGUGUGUCAGAAUGAUGAUGAUGAAGAUGAUACUCGAAUACGGCGGAAUGCGGCGAUGACGCUGCAAAAAGUAGACAAAACAAAGGCAGAAAAAAAAAAACUAUAAAAAACAAAACGUUAUCAAGUUUAUGGCACUAAUUGUAAGCGCUAUUCUCAGCUACUCGAUGCAGAUAAAAACCAUGAAAAACUGUAAAAACCACGAUGAGACCCAAGGUUGGUCCGCCUAGAUAUUAAGCGAGUUUGUAUGUGUGUUUUUUUCCCCACCUCUCUCCCCCCUGAGAGAGGCAAUCGCAAUUCGCAUACUGUAUGCACUAAACUACGAUUAAAAAUUACCCCUAAACGUAUAAUAUAUAUACUAAAUACCUAGUUAAAUCGAGGCAUAAGCUUACCGUGUACAACUCUAUCCGUAAUAUUUCGAAUACGAGAAAUACAAAUGACACUUUUGUAAA